GUGAAGGGAGACCCCUGCCCUCAUUUGUUCCUUAAGGUCUCGUCCCCCUCGUCUUUUUUCCCCCUCCUGAACACGGCAGCCAUCCUCUUAAUCCUCAGCGCCCCACAGAACUUCAUAUAACAGCAGAGGAAGUCUCACAAAGUAGGCCACAAGGCAUCAGUCUUCUGCAGCAGCCGCGUUCGAAGAGGAGGUGGGACGUCUGCAUCACCAGGUGGAGCUCAGAGGAGCCACUUCCUGUUAAGCCUGGAGCUUCAAAGAAGAAGUGGUAUCUACCACACAGCUGUGUGUUCAGAGGUCUCUUGGCAACUCUGUGUGCUCAGGCACCAAAACCUCUGGACCUUGUCUUGUAGUGUUUGUGGUUAAAUAUCUAGCGGCCAGUGAAGAAGAGCUAGGACUCUUGAGAUCAGCUGACGAAGUAUGGGGCUUCAGAGGACUGGUGCUUUGGCACUACUGAUCUUCAUCAUCUCUCCUGCAGACGCAGUAGGACUGUAUGAUCCGAGGUUCUGCUACGCCCUGGACGUCUUCCUGUUACUCUACGGCAUUGCAAUCACUGCACUGUUCCUGCGGGAGAAACGCCGCAAACCUGACGCUAAAACGCAGAAGGACUCGACCUACGCUACUUUAAAAGGGAAUCAGUCCGCUUACGACGAGUUGAGAAGAGAUCCUGAAGCUGCACGUUCCCGUGGGGGUCGCAGGAAGAUGGAUGAUGACACGUAUACGCCUCUGAGGGACAAAACCGAGGACACGUACAAAGAGAUCCAAACGAAGAAAGAUCGUCGGCCCAACGAUCAGGUUUAUCAGGGACUGAGUUCUGCGACUAAGGACACCUACGACUCCCUGCACAUGCAGUCUCUGCCUCCUCGUCGCUAAAGCUACGGUCUAAUCAAUAUCCUUACACCGUUAACUAGAUUUCACAUAACCACACGGCUUUAUCAACUCUUAAUUACAGACCCUGUUGACUUGUCUGUGUGUGUGUAGGGAAACCGUCGCCAGCUUUCUUCAGUGUUCAGUGUUUUUAGUUCGAAUAGCUAAUCUCUUUCCUUCUAAGCGGAUCAUAUUAAUCAUCAUGACAUCAGAAAUGUUUUUACAUCGGUUUCUUUUUCCUGUGUAAAACGUGUCUGUCAAAGCGAGCUGCCCGGAUGACAUUUAUCAUCAUCUUCCCCGUCUCGUUUUAGACAUUUCUUUUCUUUUUUUUUUUUUGAAUCAUUAAAUGAAAUAAAUAGUGCCGGUUUUCUAGCUUCGCACUAUUCAGAGGCUCAGUCUGAUGAACAAACUAGCUGACCUGGCUCUCCUGAUGCAAACUGUGUAAUCAAGCCGUACGUGUAUAUAGUAACAGAUACGUUAAGAGUUAGCUUUUAUUUUAGCGCUGGGGUGUGUGAAGAUUUGUUAUGAUAUUAGGUCAGCGCCGUAGAGAUGCUCAAAACGUUUAUUUUAUGACUUUAUUCCUUUCUGCAAGUAGAUUUUUGUAAGUAAAAGAAUUUUUAAAGAAGCAGACAAAAGAGACUAAAGUAACUUUUCUUUUCUGUUGAUUUUUCUUCGGCAUCACUGCCACUUUUUUACACGCUCACUUGGAUAUUCACAAAAUAAAAAUGGAGAAAAUCAUUUCCAGGUUAAGUUUUUAAGAAAGAUGUGCACCUUUCUCUUCAUCUUAAAUGUACAUAGAAGCAUACUAAAGUACGUACUAUAGGAAUUUCUUGCUUUUAUAUAUAAUCUUAUAUAUAUAUAUAUAUAUAGCUCUGGAAAAAAAAAAGAAAAGAGACCACUGCACUUCCAGGUUCAUGUAUUGGUGAGAAGAACAGUUUUGUUUCAUUUUUUGUGAACUGCUGAUAAUAUUUCUCCUAAAUUCAAAAUUGUUUAGAGUGUAUAUUUAAAGGAAAUGGCAACACAUGAAAAUAACCCAAGAUCAUGAGCUUUAAUAACUCAAAUAAAACAAAAUGCAAAUCAUUUGUAAACAAAUUGUGUAAAUACUUUGGCUAAAUAACAUUAAGAAAAUCAGUAUUUGGUGGAAUAACCCCCUGAUUUGCCUGCGUUUUGGCUCCAUGCUCUCCACCAGUUUCUCACAUUGCUGUUUAUACCAAAAAAAGCAAACAGCUCAGCUUUGCUUGAUGGUUUGUGAUCAUCCAUCUUCCUCUUGAUGACAUUCCAGAGGUUUUCAAUAGGGUUCAAAUCUAGAGUGGUCUCUCAUUACCCCCCCCCCCUUCAGAGCUGUAUAUAUAUAUAUAUAUAUACACAC